AUGUGGGAGGGCCGGCGGCUAAACCAAACUGGUAACCCCGUUACUCUGCGAGGCUCUCGAACGGCGAGCCACAGCAUCGCAAAUCUGAUGUGUUCUGAAGUCCAUGACAGGGCAUCCAGGAGUCAUAGUUGGACUUUCUGGGAUCCAGUGUCAGCGAUGACUCCUACCGCUGACCCCCCAUCAUCAUGUCGGUAUGUAAGGUGGUCGGUGCGCCGCGCCAGCAAGCGAGAAUCUGUCGUCGUCAUUGUUGAAGAGUCACUUAAUAUUCGGUCAGUCAUGAAACUUCUAGCUUCAUAUCACCGCCGUCCCCAACAAUUAUUCAGAGUCUUUCACAACAAGACAGACAUGGCAACCCUGAGCGCGUUGCCAAAUGAGAUUCUCUCCUUGAUUGCUAGCCAUCUGGAACGACCGAGAGAUCUCCUUUACCUUUCGCUAGCCAGUCGCAGCUUAUCAGAAUUCGUCAAGCUGGAUGGGUGGAAAGCAUUUUUGAGAGGUCGUUUCGGCAUUAAUGGACUGGAUUCUGACGCGCAAACCUCCGUCCAUGGCCUCACAACGCUGUACCACAACUGGGAUCGCAGAGGCCUCUUCACGAAAUACUUGGAACCAUCAAUCAAAGUCACAAGUUUAAACAAUUGGCGGCCCGUGCAAUGGCGAGAUCCUCGGGGUCAGACAAUGGGGUAUCAGCCUUGCAUUGACAGUUACGAGGAGAUGUAUGGAGGAUGGCGUGAGCGAAGAGAGGUUCUGGCCUGGUCUGCAGGAACGCAAAUUGUCGUAAGAAUACGGGAGGCCGGCUCAGGAAUUGACAAGAUCCGUCAAUUAAAAGGCCACCUGGCUGAAAGUGCAGAUCAGAAUUGGGGCUACGACAAUUUUGGCCACCUGAAUUCCUGGUACAGUUACAAAAUUCCAGAGAGCCUUGAGGGCCGGGAUGAUAUAACUAGUUUGAAGUUACUUCGGACACAUCAACGCGACUUGGCUUACGAGACAAUUGUAUAUGGCACUGCUUCAGGAGCUCUGUCAGCACUCAGUGUCAGCCCUGAUCAAGCCGAGACUGUACAGCAACAUUAUGAUACAAAUGGUCGAGCUGUUUCAUCCGUGGCCGUCUCUUCUUCAACGUCACCAAUGAUGGCUGCGACGCUUGGAGAUUUCUCCAUGUCGUUAUAUGCUAUGAAUCACGAUAGGCGCUCCGAUAUGCCUAUUCAACCGCUUUCAGAAGGCACUCAGGUUGCUAAAAAUUCACGACUAUGGUCCUGUAACUUCCUCUGCGAUACUAAGGUGGUCGUUGGCCUGGGGCCAUAUCACGAACCAGUUCAGGUCUAUGAGAUUACGCCUGACGGGUUCGGGCCUACUCCAGUACGAACAUUCAAUCUAGAUCACCCAAACUCAAGGGCCAACCUGCGCGAAACCUGUGUGUAUCCGACCCUGCCAUUGCCACACGAUGCGUAUGGUGGCUCAAAAGCAGGCCAGACUUUCUUAUCUGGAGGCUCCGAUGGUAUCAUCAGGCUCCAUGACAUGCGCUCACCCUGCAACUUUGAGCUCAUGUACUUCGAUCCAACGAACGAUUGCUCGGUCUACUCACUCGCUUCACACGGUCUCGAGCGAAUCGUGGCAGGGGUAUCAAAGCAUGCUAUGAUCAAGGUCUUUGACUUGCGAUUAUCAGGGUCGCAUGCUUAUCACACUAUUAAGAUGCCAUCGAAACCCACCAAGAAGCCGAGGAAAAGCGACUUUGCUAUUAAUGAGGUUGUCGAUGAUACUAAGAGCAAUACAACCGUCUUGAGUGGCGGAUGGAAUCUUUUCCUCAAUCCACGGACACCACCGAAGCCUCGCGUUUACCGAACGGAAUACUGGAGAGGCCGGGAAAAUUCGUCUGUCUAUAGCUUAUCUAUACCUUCGCCUACGUCACAAAAUGUAUAUGCUGGACUUGAAGGCGCAGUCCAGAGUUUAACGUUUCAUUCCGUGAACAACAAACAUCCGGAUCCUAUGCUCUCAUUGCCAUACCGUCGACAAGAUGACGUGUUGAACCUGGGCAUGUAUGAGCAAGGCAGUGAGGAAUGCAUAGGUAUGCAACUCUUGGUACAAGUCGAUAUAGAACAUGAGGUUGCAGCGGGUCAAUACAAAGACUUACAAAGCUUGAGAGGUUUGGAUGAGCGCUGGAAGGAUCCUCGUCACGAGGGCAUCGAGGACGUGGAAGAGGACGAGGAAGAGGAAGGGGGCAAUGAAGAGGGCGAGGAUGAGGAUGAGGGCAAUCAAGAUGCCCUAAUAAUGCUUUACCAGCCUCGCACAAAUUUUUUCAGCAUGGUGCUCACCAAAUCCAACAUCGACGUUACAUGCACAACUCCUUCAAACAUUGUACAAGUAGCCAAUUACCAUCUGCUUGAUUGUGGGGUUAAUCCUAUGAACUGCGAGACCGCGAACCAGAAUGGGACAACCGAAGAAUAA